CCCAACUCGUUUGAACUGAAGCCCUAAAAAACUUCGCGAUAUUACGGUUUAGGAAUUGCGCUUUGCAUUGCGUACUGAACGUGAAAAACGAACUCUGGGGUGAGACACCUACCAUACCAAACAAGAACACUAUCCCGUAAACAGACUACAGUGAGAACCAAAAAAGGAGAGAUCGAUCUCGCACAGAAACAUGUCGCUGAACCAUCGAAUGCCGGCGAUCUUCACGGCCCUCUUUAGCAGCGCGGCCGUCCUUACCGCGGCGUUUGCCGGGGCGAGCUGCAGCUUUUUGAUCCGCAAGGGCAGCGACGACGACGACUUGUUCUUGUCCUCGACCGGGAGCGAGACGUUUGGAAUUCUCUGCGAGCACGACUUUUAUCCCAGGGAAGGAGACAAGAUGUGGGAACUCAGCCGCAUUUUUCUGAUACUUUCGCUCACCCUGGGAUCGGUGACGGCCGCCCUGGCCUGGGCGGUGGCUUCCUUUCUGACCCCCAGCAACGUCAGCUGGAACGGUAUCUCGGUGCUGGCGGCCAUCACGGCCGUCAUACAGGUUCCCAUCUUUGUUCUCUUCGAGGCCGAGCCAUGCGUCGCCGGCGAUGCCGACGAGGGCGAGGGGGACAGCAGCUUUUUCUUUAAGACGGGCGACGCGAGCUGCCAGCUCGGCUCGGGCUCGUACAUUUUGAUGGCGAGUGACCUUUUGUACGUUACGGUCACGCUGAUCACCCAGUGCCUCGACCGACCCCGCUGGAAACUCGAGAUGGACCUCUGGAAGGUCGGCAAGCGGGGGCAGUCGCGUCCCGUCUCGCCCGUGGCACGCAACGACGAAUACUACUACGACAGGGACGAGAACUACGCCGACAACGUGCGCCUUACGGGGCGCAGGGCCAGCAACCGAAGCGCUGCCGGUGGCAGGGACGACUACUACGGAAACUCCUGCAUCCUGCCUGCCGGAAAAGCAAGGCGGUCCCACCCCGACAAACCCGUUGGUUUCUUUGCAAAGCUCUUUGGUGGCUCGUCGUCUCCGGACGACGACAGAGAAGUACCGGGCGUUCCGACGCAUUCUAUGAGCGCGGAGGAGGAUUGGGACUACGAGAACCAGAAAUCACCGGACGAUUCGCAGCUUGUUCUGCGUAUCGUAACCACCAACGACGGCGGGAGGGGAUCGCCGGUGUCGUCAUCGCCCACGUCCGUCGAAGGGCAGGAGGUUUCCAUCGGAGCGUUUGAAAAGAUCAAGGCCGAGGAGGAUCUACGACAAUACCAAGUGCAAGAGGAAGUGGUUCAGAGCAUUGGGUUGAACGCGAUCGAGCGCCACCAGCUCAUCGACAGUCCCAAUGCAAGUUUUUGCGGCAAGGACAGCAUUCCGCUGCAGCACACGGCGGUAGUUUCUAGUGUCAACGACAUUCUCGAAGACCUGCACAGCGAAGAACUCGGUGCGAGACGUUCCAAGUCCUCCGGCGAUGUCAUCGAGCGAAAUGCCUCAUCGGACGCGGUCGUGGAAGGCGUCCGAAAGCUUUCCAAGAAGCUCAAGAGUGCCGAUUCCAAGCGUCGCAGCAUGAAGAAGCUUUCGAUUCGGAAACCCAAUCUGUUUGCUUCUGCGAAUACCGGGUAUGCCCUCAUAGACGACGAAGAAUCCGACUACAAUUCUUACCACGAUGGGAAUGACGACAAGAACGACGACCACUUUCUCGGUCUGGGUGCACACGACUAUAACUACAAAACCGACCAGAAGACACUGCAAGAACUUUCGGUCAUGUCGGAAUCCACCUACAAUCCAGACGAAUUCCUUCCUCAAGCAACUCCGGAGAGCGAUGGUUACGCAGGCGCAAACAACCUGCAAAUGGACGACGUAUCCUCGGAUCAAGACGACCUGGACGACGAGGAUGACAUUGCUCUCUUGGCGAGCGCCAUGGACUGGCAAGUGGAUUUCCCCGUUGGAAAGACGUCACCGGACAACACGACCAACAAUCCGUUCGAUUGUAUAUCGAUUGGUUCGACACACAGCGACCCGGGUCCAGUGAGUGUGGUCAACGAGAGUUUCGAAGACGUUUUUGAUUUUUCGACCCCGAUUGUAUUGACCGGUGGCGGUCCCGAGGAAGGACAGUCGUCUGCCGCGGACGAAAUAUUCAAGUUUUCAUCCAUAGACGAUGGUCAAUGGGAAUCCGAAUUUGCAAACGAGAGUUUGCUGGCCAGCACAGAUGACGACUAUGAAGAUGGCUACGAAAACGAAGACGAGGACGACACUUACCUCGAUUCCGGCUCCGAAGAGCAACGCGGCCGGUCUUCGGGAAGAUACGAUGGACGAAGAAGAAGAAGACCUAUUUCACCGGUAGGAUCGAUCAAAUCGAAUGGCUCUUUGCUCCACACAAUUAUCAACGAGGAAACCGAAGAAGACGUAGAGAGGGAGCUCGGUGUCGAUUCGCCGUAUCCUAUCAAAAGAACGCUAUCGUGCCCAGAGCAACGGUCGUUUACUGGUCCAAUCAAGAAUCGCAAAGAGAAAUCCACCAAGGAACUCUUGAAAAAGCUCGAGAAAUUGAAGAGGACCAUGGGCGAUGGCAACGCCAUUGGUUCCAGAAAUCGAAGCUUGCCUCCGCGGAGCCCUCGAGAAGUCACAAACACCGCGAAUCGCCCCAGUGAGAUCGGUAGCACGAGCCCCGAUACAAUGGACGAGCCCGAGUCGGUACUGGAAGAUUUGCUUCGCGAUUCCGAUGAUGACAGUGAUUCCUCGGUGCUUUCGGAGGCAUCGGCUGGAAAUCUCAUCGAGGAGCCAGAAUCACCAAUCGAUGAAAAACAAUGCAUUGCUCCUCGUUCCCUAGAACAAUCUAACCCGAGCAAAAUAGUUGUACCCACCAAGAAACCAUUGAAGGAAUCCGAUCCAAAUCUUCUUCCAACGAAACUGCCAACAACCACCAAACCCCGUAAAAAGCUGAUUUUACCAAACAAGAGCACUCCGGUGGACAGAAGUCUAGACAUCUCCGAUGAAACAUCUGACACGGGAUGUACCCGUUCCACGAUUUCGGACUCGGAUGGAUCUUCCGAAAGUGGGAGCGAGGCGGGACCGAGGCAAAUACGUUCGAAGUCCAUGGGUCGUGGAAGGAGAACCAAAAAGAUUAGGAAUCUUCGCGCCUCGAGCUCCCUCUCUCCCACUCGCAGUACCAUAUCGGUGGACGAUACCGCUAUGCGCCCGGCAAACAUUUCCAGUCUUGCUCGGGAAAGUCGAAUCCGCCGUUUGCAGCGACGAAAGGGAUACUUGCCAUUGGACAACGACAAUUCGAGAGAAAUGUCUCCAUCUCCUCGGGAUCCAUACUCAACCAACCAAUCAAAGGACGACGAUGAUUUAGAAUUGACUCCCAAGCGAAAAACAGUCGGUCUUUCAAGUGCGCAUGAGGAAGCUGGCACUGAUAGCAUAGCUAGCGUUAUGCCCAGCGACCUCUUUCAGCCAAGUCUUGACGAUACAGACGAAAGCUGUCCAGAAUUCGACAACAUUCUGGAACAACUCGACCUGCAAUUAAUUGAUUUGAAUCGUCCUGUCGGAGCUGAAUACGGAGAUGACGAAGUAUCUUUGUAAUGAAAAUGAUAAUUGAUUGUUCACAAAGUAGAAGUCAUGCGCGUUGUGAUGUACGUGGAGCACGCUAUAGGGCUUGU